CAUUUGCAUGAAAGGACCCUCCCCCUCUAAGCCUAUGAAGAGGGGAAGGAGCGGUGUGGGGACGCUCUGCUCAGCUGUGGGGCCACAGAAGGCAGGACACCGUGACAUGUCCACCAUGGCCUGGUCCCCUCUGCUCCUCACCCUGAUCUCUCUCUGCACAGGAUCCUGGGCCCAGGCUGUGCUGACUCAGCCGUCCUCCGUGUCCGGGUCCCUGGGCCAGAGGGUCUCCAUCACCUGCUCUGGAAGCAGCAGCAACAUUGGAUAUGGUAAUUAUGUGAGCUGGUACCAACAGAUCGAAGGAUCGGCCCCCAGAACCCUCAUCUAUGGUGCGACCAGUCGAGCCUCGGGGGUCCCCGACCGAUUCUCCGGCUCCAGGUCUGGGAACACAGCCACCCUGACCAUCAGCUCGCUCCAGGCUGAGGACGAGGCGUCAGCCCAAGUCCGCACCCUCGGUCACCCUGUUCCCGCCCUCCACAGAGGAGCUCAGCGUCAACAAGGCCACCCUGGUGUGUCUCAUCAGCGACUUCUACCCGGGUAGCGUGACCGUGGCCAGGAAGGCAGACGGCAGCACCAUCACCCGGAACGUGGAGACCACCCGGGCCUCCAAACAGAGCAACAGCAAGUACGCGGCCAGCAGCUACCUGAGCCUGACGGGCACCGACUGGAAAUCGAAAGGCAGUUACAGCUGCGAGGUCACGCACGAGGGGAGCACCGUGACGAAGACAGUGAAGCCCUCAGAGUGUUCUUAGGGCCCUGGACCCCCACCCUCGGGGGCCCUCUGGCCCACACCCCAUCCCCCAGCUCGCCAUGGACCCCUGAGCCCCACCCAGGUCGCCUCACACCAGGGACCACUUCUCCCUCCCUAUUCCUGCUUCUCCUGAAUAAAGACCUUCUCAUUUAUCAGCCAA